ACACCACAAUGUCAAAUACAUUAAUUUAUUGUAGUGUUUAUUUAUUUAUUUAAUAAUAAUAAUGGUACAUCAUACAUUGGUACACCCAAUUAUCAAGUUUAAAAAGUACAACAAUAACACCAGUCAUUAACAACAACAACAACACUAACAACAAUGCAUAUCAAGACACUAGUGAUGGUAUAAAUGAUAAAUCAUUGGAUAAAACAUUAUUAUCAUCCAUAAGCACAAUGCGAACAACUAAUGGUCUCAACAAAAGCGAUAAGUCGUCGUCUACGACAUCAACGGUGGUGUCGACAACAAAAUCGCCGCUCAGUCCUAAAAUUCCUACUAAACCUUCAACAUUAAUAGUCAACAAUAGCACAAACAAACCUCCCGUUCCCUACAAACCUCCGGGUCUGUCACAAAAAUCAUUGAUCAACAACAACAACGACAACAAUACAUCAUCGGCGGCUCCCAUACAGAGCACAGGUAGUGGUGGUUCAGUACCUAACGUUCCCGAUCAUCGGACAGCAGCUAAUAAUAAUGAUUGGUCAAAGCGACCGUUACCGCCACCGCCGCGACCACCAAAACCGAUGGUCCGUACGCGUGACGUAAGCAUCAGCACAGGCGACGAUCUGAAUCAUAUUCCUCCUACUAGUCUCCCAAUGGCCAACCGGACACCGCAACUGUGCGACCGUCAGACACAACUGGACGCCCGUAAUAACUCGCUCUACGAGGAUAUGAACGGUAAUAAUAUCGACGACAGCGACGACACAGAGGACAUGGAUCUCAACAAUAAGACACCAACUAAUCCGCUGACGCCUACAACGCCAACAAAUCGUCCUAUUGGUGGUGGUGUCCGAGGAGGAGGAGGUGGUAGUGGUGGUGACGAUGAGGACGUAGAGGAGUUGUUUCCCUAUGGCUGCGUCAACAAUGAUCUGGAGAGAUACCGAAGCGAUGGUUUGGCUGACUCGCAGUCAACAUUGUCGUCGUUGACCACAACCACUGCCAGCACCCAGUGGUUUGACGCUGAACUCGGACCCGAUGGCCAACAACGGCAAGUUGAAGGUGGCUCCCGGUUCUAUCGGGACUGGGAUCAGGAAACCAUUAACGAUGACAUCAGUUCUAUUGCGUCCAACUAUCAGUCGUUUGCGUCCGAAUAUCGUACUAAUUCUGAGGACAGGGAGGCGACUCCCGUUGCCGACGCCGACGAUACUACUGAUUUUAGACUAAUGCCAGCAGUAGUCGAUGAUGAGCUACCAGUGCCGUCUCAGGCACUCAAAUCGGCUACUAAUGAUGAGAUGAUAGGGAUGACGGCUACCGGUGCCAGUGGUGUACAAAAGUCAGCACCGAUGCGAUCACAGUCUACCCGAGUCAUGUCGACCAGUGUUAGCUGUAAGACUGUACAGCCGUCCCGGCACUCAUUGCCCGUCAAUAUUGACGACAACAACGACGAUGAACCGAUUAUUGAGGAUCUGGACGAACGGAUACUGUUUGGUAGCGUCGGCGCCGGCGGUAUCGGUAUGACACCUGAUCUGCACCGGGAGCUGCGCCAGGCUAUCGACAAACGUCAAAGUAAUUUAUCGUCAGCUGAUAGCACCGGUAUCUCGUCGUCCGAUGUAUCACUUCAUGAGACAUUAAUGACUAACAAUACUACUAUCGGUGCCAAUAAUAAUAAUAAUAAUAACAAUAGCAAUGGCUGUAAUAGUAGUAGUAAUAAUAGCGAUAAUACCAGUAGUUUAAGUAUUAAUAGCGACAGUAAUAGCGAUUUAUCAACCGGUAAGCACAGGCACCCAAUACAGGUGCCCAACACCGCCACCACCGCUACCGAUACUGUCGGCUGUAGGAUAGCCAUAGACCGAUCGGAAUCGGUUGAAUCGUUGGCCAACAACAACAACUUGUCAUCCGAUGGCGAAGGCGAUGACUACAGUCUAUCGUCGGCUAACAAACAGACACCAGAAUAUCGGAAACGUAAACAAAAUCAAAAACUAUAUUUCAUAGCCAAAGAGCUGUACUCCAGUGAACUGGUAUUCAUAGAUGUCCUACAAUUGCUUAACAAUGAUUUUCGCCGAGCAGUCACCGAUCACAUACCCGAUGAUGUGUUGCAACAAAUACUCAACUAUUUGCCGCAGUUGUUGAAAAUCAACGAACAGUUGGCCAGUGAGCUCAAAGUCCGUAUAGAUAACUGGGCCGAUCAUCAACGUAUAUCUGAUGUAUUGGUACGGAUCUGUCCGUUUCUCAAACAGUAUUCACAAUAUAUCGGCGAUUUCGGUCAAAUAACUGCCAUCUAUGACGACGCCCUACACCGUUAUCCGGCGUUUCAGUCAGCAGUCAAAGAGUUUGAACUGACCGCCCGAUGCCAGAAGCUAUCGGUCAAACAUUAUAUGCUAAAACCAGUACAACGUAUACCCCAGUAUAGGCUACUAUUGCAGGACUACUUAAAUCAUUUAUCCGAUGAAUCCGAUGAUUAUGCGGAUACAUGUUGUGCACUGAAAAUUGUAUCACAAGUGGCCGAACACGCAAACAAUAGUAUGAAAUGCAAUGAAAACCUACAGAAAAUGCUGUCCAUUCAGCAGAGUAUUAUUACUGGUAAAUGUGAAGUCAUCAAACCGGGCCGGGUAUUCAUCAAAGAGGGCGAACUAAUGAAACUGUCCCGCAAGGGUAUGCAGGAACGGUAUUUUAUACUGUUUAACGAUAGUCUACUGUAUCUGACGUGCGUACAGCACGGUGUCUAUCGGGUCAACCAUGAACUUAGUCUGACCGGUAUGCGGGUGUCGCUACCGAAACAGCAGGACUUUCAGAAUGAGUUUUCGAUUAUAUCGCACACCCGAUCGUUUUCGUUGGCCGCCCGAUCACCGAAGGAACGGGAGGAUUGGGUGAAUGAGCUGAACAAAGCGAUCAAAGAAAAUACUAAUAAACGGAUAUCGUUUGCAAAGUCGCGGAGUUUAAUUGGCGACUCACCUGACAUACCGGUUCUAGCAUUGGGAGCUUCUGCACCCGUAUGGAUACCCGAUGCCCGGGUAACAAUGUGUCAGUUGUGUACGGAAGAGUUUACAGUGACCUACCGGCGCCAUCAUUGCCGGUGCUGCGGUAAUGUAGUGUGCAGUGCCUGCAGUACUAACAAAGCGCCGAUGCCUUACCUGAAAAACCGGACGGAACGGGUUUGCGACGAAUGUUUCGAUGGACUCAGACUACAGAUGGAAAGGUUGGAGAUCGAGAGGAAACACCGGAGCGAUGCCAGCGGAGCGUCGCUGGACUCGCAAUCGGCGACGGUUAGGACGCCGUCGACAACUGCCUCGGCAUCGGAUACGGACGAUACUACGGCCACCGGAGCCGACGGCAGCGCCUGGAGUCUCAAAGAGUGGCAACAAAUUUUUUCGCGAACUGCCGAACGAAAGAGUCACCGAAAAGCUAAACAUCGAUACGUGCCGUCCGUUUUGAAAGAGGUUCGGGCCAAUGAUGUCGGUUCGCUGAUAUCAGGUUAUCUGCAUCGACGGGAAAGUCGUAAACAAUGGAAAAACUACUGGUAUGUCAUCAAAGAUAUGGUUUUGUAUACCUAUAAGGCUAGCGAAGAUGUGGCGGCACUUAAGUCCGAGCCGUUGCUCGGCUUUAAAGUGGAACCGUUGAGAGAUAGUGUCGACGGUAUUAAUGCCAAACAGUUGGUCCAGUUGUCACAUCCGGGUCAGCCAACUAUUAUAUUUAGGGCCGAAACUGUCGGUCAAGCGGAACGAUGGCUUAAAGCUAUGCAAACGGCAACAACAUUGGACUGAAAUAUUUUUUUUCAAUAUAAUUAAAAUUAUAAGUUUAUCUUUUUUUUUUGUUUGUUAUUAUUAUUUAUAA